CUCUUUCAAGAUGUCGGUGUACGGACCGGUGGUGAAGAUUCAUCCCGUCGUGCUCUCUUCUAUCGCUGACUCGUAUGAGCGGAGAAAUGAAGGGGCCAGCCGUGUCAUCGGAACUUUACUGGGAACCAUAGACAAGCACACAGUGGAGGUGACAAACUGCUUCUCUGUCCCCCACAAUGAGUCUGAGGAUGAGGUUGCAGUGGAUAUGGAGUUUGCCAAGAACAUGUAUGAGCUGCACAAGAAGGUGUCACCUAGUGAAGUUAUUGUUGGCUGGUACGCCACAGGAUAUGACAUAACAGAGCACUCAGUUCUGAUUCACGAAUACUACAGCCGAGAAGCCCAGAACCCAAUUCACCUAACUGUGGACACUGCACUGCAGAGUGGCAAGAUGAAUAUACGGGCCUAUGUCAGUGCUCAGAUGGGGGUGCCAGGAAAGACUGUGGGAGUGAUGUUCACCCCGCUAACAGUCAAGUAUGUCCACUACGACACAGAGAGGAUAGGAAUUGACCUUCUCCAAAGAACACGUGUAUCUCCCAAUCGCACCAAUGGUCUGACCUCUGAUUUAGAGCAGGUGGGAGUGGCAGCUACGAGGAUACAGGACAUGCUGGCCACAGUGCUGACGUACAUUGAAGAUGUGCUGUCUGGCAAGGUAGCAGCAGACAACAGUGUAGGUCGUUUCCUGAUGGACCUGGUGAACAAAGUUCCCAAGAUCUCAGCUGAAGACUUUGAGACCAUGCUCAAUUCUAACAUCAAUGACCUUCUGAUGGUGACAUACCUGGCCAACCUCACCCAGGCACAGAUAGCGCUCAAUGAGAAGUUGGUGCUUCUCUGAACAUGGGUGGAUUGAGAGAAGCGGGAAUUUUAAAUUGUUUUAUACCUUAGCUAUGAAAAUAAAGGUAUUAAACAUUCCAUAUGUGGCAUUCUUAGUUAUUGUACAAUACUUUUAUGCAAAGUUGUUAGAUGUAUACCUGUGAAAUCACUUGUCCAUUUUAAAGUACACUUUUUUUUUUCUGUGAUAAAUAUCUGACCAUAGCAGCAUUUCUUAAUUUUAUUUAAUGUUACAUAGGGGACUAAUGAUUUGCAUGAAGGUACAAUUUGUGCUGCAAACGGUGAAGUUUCAUUCUUUAAAAGGUUAAUUUGCUCAUUGAAUGCAGACCUUUGUAUAUAUGCGUAAGCCAGAUAUUUUUAAAUGAAAGUGUUUGUUCAAAAUAGCCAUAGAGAUUAGUUCAUCCAAAACUUGCGAUUUUCAUUAAAUUUUAAA